AUGACGGUGUUCGCCUCAACGAAUGCUGGCGCAGCGGCGGGCAGCGGUGGCGGAGGAUACAUGGCGGGAAAGCAAGUAUUUCCGGUGGAAUUCUAUCACGAGGAAGCGGCGUCGACGGAGACGGAGUCGUUAUCUCAGCGGCUGGUGGACGCGGCCCACGCUAACGACUUGAAGGCGGCGACGGAGCUGAUCACGUCGUCGCCGGCGGCGGCGGACGUGAAUUACCUGGGAUCGGUGGUGUUGAAGGUGAGGAAGACGGAGGUGGUGCUGCGGGAGGAAGAGGCUGUCCAAGUCGUCGUUGAGUUCGAGGAGUUCAAGACUGAGGUUACGGCGUUGUUCCUCGCCGCUCAUAACGGAAACGUCACACUUGUCCGAAGGUUACUGAGUGUGGGAGCAAAUGUGAACCAAAAAAUGUUUCGAGGCUACGCCACGACAGCGGCAGCUAGGGAGGGACACGUAGAGAUAUUGGACAUGUUGAUAAGUGGGGGAGCGAGCCAGGAUGCUUGUGAGGAAGCCCUUUUGGAAGCAUGUUACAUGGGGAUGGCCAGGCCUGCUGAACUUCUUCUGGCAUCUGAAUUAGUCCGCCCACAUGUUGCUGUGCAUGCCCUUGUCACAGCAUCUUUUAGAGGGUUCAAAGAUGUCGUUGACACUCUCAUUAAGAAUGGUGUGGACUAUAAUGCCACAGCCAGGGUGCUUUUGCAAUCUACCAAGCCAUCUCUUCAUGCCAAUGUUGACUGUAAUUCUCUGGCUGCUGCUAUUGUUGGAAGACAGAUAUCUAUUGCCUUACUGCUGUCACAGGUCGGCGCCAGAACAGACAUUAUGGUUAGACUGGGAGCUUGGACAUGGGAUGCAGGCACCGGCGAGGAAUUCCGUGUGGGUGCUGGAUUGGCUGAGCCUUAUCAUGUAACAUGGUGUGCAGUGGAGUACUAUGAAUCGAGUGGCACUAUCUUGCGUAUGCUUCUGCAGCGCCAUUCACCGAACAUCCCACAUUUAGGUCGGACCCUCAUCCAUCAUGCCAUUCUAUGUGGAAAUGCAAGAGCAGUUGAAGUGCUCUUAAGCUAUGGUGCCAAUGCAGAAGCCCCAGUGAAAACAGCAAAACAAAGGGAUUUUUUCCGCCCGAUACAUAUGGCAUCACGACUUGGUUUAGCUGGAGCCGUUCGGCAUCUUAUUGAUGCUGGAUGCAAUUUGAAUGCCAACACUGAUUCUGGAGAGACUGCAUUGAUGAUUAGUGUGGGAAAUAAGCACGAGGAAUGUGUAAAACUUCUUGCAGAAAAAGGUGCAGAUUUUGGAAGUUGUAAUGUAGCAGGGCUAUGUGCCAAGUCAAUUGCUGGAUCUGUACAUUGGGAGACAGGCUUCCAGCGAGCCGUGUUGGAUGUGAUUCGAGAUGGAAAGCUCGCCCGAUCUAGCAACCCGAAAAUGUUUUCCUCCUUGUUGUUUGUUACACAAGCUAAUGACACAGAGGCUUUAAAGAUUCUCCUCAAUCAACAGGACAAUUUAAACCUCAACGAGCAAGAUGGGAAUGGAUUCUCAGCAGUAAUGUUUGCUGCAUUAGGGGGCAAUGUGGAAGCUUUUAAGGUUCUCCUACAUGCCGGAGCCGAUGUAAAAUUGCCUAAUUUCCAUGGAGAAACAGCAAUUAGUCUAGCCGAAAAGCAUCAGAACAGCGACGCAUUUGAGAGAGUAAUGCUUAAUUAUUUGCGAUCUAAGGGUGAUCAAACCUACAUUGGCUCCUCUACCCUACACCGCGCUGCACACAGUGGUGAUGUUCAGUUAGUACAGGUUUUGAUUGAUGAAGGAUAUGAUGUGGAUCUUGUUGAUGCCGAUGGAUACACUCCACUCAUGCUGGCUGCAAAAACAGGAAACAGAACAAUGUGUGAGCUUCUGAUAUCAUGCGGUGCAAAAUGUGACAUUCAAGCACUCUCCCUUGCACGGAAAAGCAAUAACAGAGAUGCAGAAGAUGUAAUACUAGAUUCGCUUGCUAGACGGCUGGUGUUAGACGGUGGAAAAAUGAAGAAACACACUAAAAAUGGCAAAGGAAGGCCUCACUGGAAGGUCUUAAAGAUGGUUGGGGGCAAUGGUGUUCUAAGUUGGGGGAAAUCAAGUAAGAGGAACGUAGUAUGCAGGGGAGCAGAAGUCGGGCCAAGCACAACUUUCCAGUGGAACAGGAGGAAGAGAGGGGACGUUGAUGAUCCAGGUGUUUUCAGGGUGAUCACCACCACAAAGGACAGGGAAGUGCAUUUUGUCGUGUGUGAAGGUGGAAGGGAAAUGGCUGAGUUGUGGGCACCCAUAAAGGGAAUUCUUUCUUCUCAAAGGAUUAGGUUAAUCCAACAUUCUAAGCUUCAAGGCCUAGGCAGUAGAUUAUUAAGCACUCAGGCUGCAUCCACUGCAGCUACGCCUCAGUCUCCCCCUCCUCCACCGCCUCCUGAGAAGACUCACUUCGGUGGUCUAAAGGAUGAGGACCGCAUCUUCACAAACGUAUACGGUUUGCAUGACCCUUUUCUUAAAGGUGCUAUGAAACGGGGAGACUGGUAUAGGACAAAAGACCUAGUACUAAAGGGUACCGACUGGAUUGUCAACGAAAUGAAGAAAUCUGGACUUCGUGGACGUGGUGGUGCUGGUUUUCCCUCUGGUCUUAAAUGGUCUUUCAUGCCAAAAGUGUCUGAUGGUCGUCCUUCUUAUCUUGUCGUCAAUGCCGAUGAAAGUGAACCUGGGACGUGUAAAGAUAGAGAGAUAAUGCGUCAUGAUCCACAUAAGUUGUUGGAAGGUUGCCUGAUUGCUGGAGUGGGUAUGAGAGCAAGUGCUGCCUAUAUUUACAUUAGAGGUGAAUAUGUCAAUGAGCGGAAGAAUCUCGAGAAGGCUAGAAGAGAGGCUUAUGAAGCCGGACUCCUUGGAAAGAACGCAUGUGGAUCAGGUUAUGAUUUUGAUGUGCAUAUUCACUUUGGUGCUGGUGCCUAUAUUUGUGGCGAGGAGACGGCUCUUCUGGAGAGCCUUGAGGGAAAACAGGGCAAACCUAGAUUGAAGCCUCCUUUUCCAGCUAAUGCUGGAUUGUAUGGUUGUCCCACUACCGUGACUAACGUGGAAACGGUAGCUGUUUCUCCCACCAUUUUGAGGCGUGGUCCGGAAUGGUUUUCAAGCUUUGGAAGGAAGAACAAUCAUGGAACUAAACUUUUCUGCAUCUCAGGGCAUGUGAACAAACCCUGCACGGUUGAAGAGGAAAUGAGUAUACCAUUGAGGGAACUUCUGGAGAGGCACUGUGGUGGCGUCCGCGGCGGGUGGGACAAUUUACUUGCUGUUAUUCCAGGAGGUUCGUCCGUUCCGUUGCUUCCCAAGCAUAUAUGCGAGGACGUGCUUAUGGAUUUUGAUGCACUAAAAGCUGUCCAGUCUGGUUUGGGUACCGCUGCUGUAAUUGUAAUGGAUAAGUCAACUGACAUUGUGGAUGCAAUUGCAAGGCUUUCGUACUUCUACAAACAUGAGAGCUGUGGCCAAUGUACGCCUUGUAGGGAGGGGACUGGCUGGCUUUGGAUGAUCAUGGAAAGACUCAAGGUAGGCAAUGCAAAGUUGGAGGAGAUUGACAUGCUUCAGGAAGUCACAAAGCAGAUCGAGGGGCACACAAUUUGUGCAUUGGGUGAUGCGGCUGCAUGGCCAGUUCAGGGUCUAAUCAGGCAUUUCCGACCGGAGCUUGAGAGGAGGAUUAUAGAGCGUGCUGAUAGGGAGCUGAAACAAGCUGCGGCGGCCUGA